GGCGAGGGGAAGGCAAGGGGGAAGGGACAGUCGCUCGCAGACCGCGCUGGGUUGCCGCCGCCGCUGCUACCGCCAUCGAGCCAGCCCCUCGGGUCUCCACGAGCCGGGUGACGCUCCAGAAUGGGAGACAAGCCAAUUUGGGAGCAGAUCGGAUCCAGCUUCAUUCAGCAUUAUUACCAAUUAUUCGAUAAUGACAGAACUCAACUAGGCGCAAUUUACAUCGACGCGUCAUGCCUUACGUGGGAAGGACAACAAUUCCAGGGGAAAGCUGCUAUAGUGGAGAAGCUGUCUAGCCUUCCGUUCCAGAAAAUUCAGCACAGUAUCACAGCACAGGACCAUCAGCCCACGCCUGAUAGUUGCAUCAUCAGUAUGGUGGUGGGCCAGCUCAAGGCUGAUGAAGACCCCAUCAUGGGGUUUCACCAGAUGUUCCUAUUAAAGAACAUCAACGAUGCUUGGGUUUGCACCAAUGACAUGUUCAGGCUUGCCCUACACAACUUCGGCUGACCUCCUUCCAGCCGGGCACUCACGCUGUUUCCUCCUCCCUCCAAUUUCCGAUAUUAUUCACACUCCUCCAGAUGCUCCAAAUAUCAUACACAACUGAACAGAGCCAUGGUGGGAGCUGGUGCAGUGCGCUGCUGCCACCAAGGUAUUGUGCAUGAUGUUUGGAUGCUAGACUAGUUGCAUCUGACAGGAGAAGUUUGUGUUGUACCAGCGCAUGCCUUGGAAAGACUUAAUGCAAAAGGUUGUCUUUUUUUUUUUUUUUAAUCUACUGACAAGUUGCUCUAGUAACCCAAAGAAGUGAAGGAGAAGCAGCUGCCUCACCGCCCAGAUGUUGAUUUGUUCAGAUGUUUCAAUGCCUCAUGAUACAAUAAAACCACAAAAGUUUUCUUAACAGUUUAAA